GUUCAGGGGGUGGUGUCCUCUAGCCUUUCCCCGUCACAACUCUCUCUGCUGAGACAUAAGAAGAGUCCUAUCCACAGAGCAGGGACUGAUGCUUCUACUGGAGCCACAGAUAUUGAAGUUCCGACAUUCAGUUCCUGAAAUCUGACCAUCAGAUCCUGAGCUUGGAAACCAAUACACCAGAUCUCGUAGACAAGGACAGACUUCUGGUUACCAAAUAACUAUCUCAACUAUAUGAAGCAAGAUGAAACGAUGUGGCCAAGAUCCAGCAAAGCCACAUUAACAGGUCAACUCUUAAUCUACCCAGAUCACAAAUUGGUCAAAAACUAACCCUGCAGGAACAUGGCGGUCAUCCUGCAUAUUCUCUCCUGCUUGCUGGGCCUAGGUUCCUGGGUUGCCAUCAAUGGGGUAUGGGUGGAGCUGCCUCUCUUAGUGCCUCAUACCCCAGAAGGCUGGGAGCUUCCCGCGUACCUGUCUCUACUCAUUCAGUUUGCUAACAUUGGGCCACUGACUGUUACACUUACCCAUAAGUUUUGUCCAGGAAGUCUCAGGGAGGGAUUGGUAAUAUUUGUGAUUUUGGCAGUAGGUGUUGUCUCCUGCAUCUUGCUGGCUUUCCUCUGGCAGGAAACGAGUUGGGUGGGUUCAUCACGGAGAAGUACUGCUCUUCUGUGUCUCCUCUUCUUCCUCUCAUUGGUGGACUGCACUUCUUCAGUUACUUUUCUUCCUUAUAUGACUCGUCUCCGGCCAAAUUACCUUAUCUCAUACUUCAUUGGAGAGGGUCUAAGUGGGCUGAUGCCAGCAUUACUGGCUUUGGCACAAGGUGUUGGUGUAAUGAGCUGUCAACCAAUAAACAUAACAGAACCAAAUGGAUCGUAUGCCAUAGGAAACCUAACAGCUGUCUACCAGCCAGCCAGAUUCCCAACAUGGGGCUUCUUUUUGUUUCUGGCGGGUAUGAUGGGUCUUUGUCUAAUUGCCUUCAUCAUCCUUCACAAGAUGCCCAAAGUGGAGGGCCACCAAGAGGCAGGUAUAAGCAAGAGAAGGAAAAAAGAAUCUUGGAACACAGGAGUUGAGCAGAAGCCAAUGAUGGGGGAGGAUGAGACUGGAAAGGAGGAUGCAAAGAAAGAAGUAGGAAAGUACUCAAUGUGGGAGAAGGUCUUCAUCUACCUCAUCCUGGCCUGGGUCAACGCUUUGACGAAUGCAGUGCUGCCAUCUGUCCAGACUUACUCCUGCAUGCCUUAUGGAGGACGCGUUUAUCACCUGUCUGCCACACUAGCUUCCAUUGCAAACCCAGCAGCAUGCGGCAUUGCCAUGUAUCUACCCACCAGGUGUCUCCUGACUGUAAGCGUUCUGACGGCGAUCGGUUCCGGGAUUGGCUCAUACAUUAUGGGUAUGGCAGUGUUAAGCCCAUGUCCACCUCUUCUCAUGGAUAACAUUGGAGGCAUCCUCAUUGUUGUGGCCUGGAUCCUGUUUGUGGGAGUUCUGUCCUACGUGAAGGUGAUACUAGGAGUGAUCCUGCGAAGUGAAGGACACAGCGCCCUCGUGUGGUGUGGGGCAGUGGUGCAGCUGGGCUCUAUGCUGGGAGCUCUUACCAUGUUCCCGCUGGUAAACGUCUACACCAUGUUCCAGUCUGGUGACCCCUGUAAUCAGAGGUGCCCCCAAUAAAGUCACCUACAGUAAUGACCGCUCCAGCGAGACAGGUUAUGGGGACAGGAAAUGAGUAGAGGACUGGGGGGGGGGGGGGGG